CCAAGAAACCGAACCGCGACCUUCGAAGUAACGCCGAACAGGAGAUUGCAACAAACCUACUAUGGGCAGGAGCACAUAGGGUCCAACAAACACAGCAACUGCAGCAACAGAUAGCCAUAGAACCAAAACCAAUUGAGUCCAGUGAUCCCAACGCCACGUUCCGCUCCCAUUUGUCCAGCCGUAAACACAGACAUGGCCAGUUUACAAGCGCCGAUGUAUGCGCAUAUGCGCAGUGGUCAGAACAUCAGUCUGGCGGAGAGUGUGCCCCCAGAGAUAAUGCACAUGAUCGAUCCAUACUGGUACCAAUGGCCCCCCAUGGAACCCAUGUGGUUCGGCAUCAUUGGUUUCGUAAUCACAGUGCUUGGUAUAAUGUCGUUGUCCGGCAACUUCAUCGUUAUGUACAUCUUUACCUCAUCGAAGGCAUUGCGCACGCCAUCCAACAUGUUUGUUGUGAAUCUGGCCUUCUCUGACUUCUGCAUGAUGUUUACGAUGUUUCCGCCGGUUGUGCUCAAUGGCUUCUAUGGCACCUGGAUCAUGGGCCCAUUCAUGUGCGAGCUGUACGGUUUGUUCGGUUCGCUCUUUGGCUGUGUCUCCAUUUGGUCAAUGACGCUGAUUGCCUACGAUCGGUACUGCGUCAUUGUUAAGGGUAUGGCGCGCAAGCCGCUAACAGUAACUUCGGCUGUGGUACGCCUGCUCAUCGUGUGGCUCAUCUGCGGCAUUUGGGCGCUACUGCCGCUCUUUGGUUGGAAUCGUUAUGUACCGGAGGGCAACAUGACCGCUUGCGGCACAGACUACUUUGCCAAGGACUGGUGGAACCGUUCGUAUAUCAUCGUCUACUCGAUGUGGGUGUACUUUACGCCGCUGCUGACCAUAAUUUUCUCCUACUACCACAUCAUGAAGGCGGUCGCAGCUCAUGAGAAAGCCAUGCGAGAGCAGGCCAAGAAGAUGAAUGUGGCAUCGUUGCGCAACAGCGAGGCGGACAAGAGCAAGGCCAUAGAAAUCAAGUUGGCCAAGGUGGCGCUAACCACCAUUGCACUGUGGUUCUUCGCCUGGACACCCUAUACCAUUAUUAACUAUUCGGGCAUAUUCGAGUCCAUGCACUUGUCGCCAUUGAGCACCAUUUGCGGUUCGGUGUUCGCUAAAGCGAAUGCGGUGUGUAAUCCCAUUGUGUAUGGCCUGAGCCAUCCCAGAUACAAGUUGGUGCUCAAGGAAAAGAUGCCAUGUCUGGCCUGCGGCAAGGAGGAACCUGUCACAGACUCCAGAACCAUGGCCACCACAGAAAUCAGCGAAUCAGCUGCCUAAAUAUUAUCUUAUACACAGCGACUGCAGCAGACAACAAAACAGCAACAAAAAAAAACAAAAAAAAAACGACGACUUUAAAGGAACUGAGAGCUUUACAGACAUAUCCAAAUCUACAUAUAUAUGAGUUUCUUUUUCUAAGCUAAUUACAAUGCUUCGUAUUAGUGACGUCUGGCGCCAACGUCAACUGCGUGGCACUUGGCCAAAAACUUUUUGCAUACAAAGAAAAAUCAAAAAAAAAAAAAAAAACAGCUUAAAA